UGUUCACGUCCAAGUGCUUUUAGAAACCCUUCGUGGGCCUAUUGAACAACCCGAGUGUUGCACGUGCACUUUAUUUGUUUGCAACACUGCGUCAAAAGUCUCCAUCUUGGUUCUCCUCAACUGUCCAUAUUUUUAGACACUUACAAAGGAACAUCUGGCAAUGAAGAAAGGGGACUUGUAAGAAUUGUCUUGGAAAAUGUGUUAUCGUAGAAAACGUAACAUCCUAUAAUUUUGAAGUCGAUGCUUUUUUAUGUUGAGAUGGGACAUUUUUGCAAAGCAGUGUGGGGAGAAUUCACCUUUUUUAUUAAGUCGAUAUACAAUGCAAGAUGGAAAUUAAUAUGGCAUUUUAUUUUUGAAAACCACUCACUAUAGGCUUUGUGAGUGGUGCAAACACUCGGAUUAAAAUACUGACUCUAAACUACUGCUGUAUCCCAUUCCCCCAAAAAUAGCUAGGAUACUUGAUUCAUAAUUUGCUGCAUUUUUUGAUUCUUAUUUUUUGGGGUAGAUCUUUUUUAUUGUACGUGUCUUUUUAUGUUCACUAAAAGAUUGUAUUGGCGUCAGUCACCAUGUUUGUUAACACUAUCGUGCCCUAGUCUGUUGCCCUGACCCCAUACCAUCUAUUUAUAUUUCAGAGGAAGCACUGAAUCAUAAUAAACUGUCAAGUAAAUAAACACAUUUUCAUUUUAUACUUUCUCAUGGUUUUAUUUGAUGCUUUGUGUGAAUCACUUCCUUGUUACGCCUCUGUGUUGAUUUGACCUUUACCUUAAUCUCACCGACAUUCACUUAAUCGGUCUGUUUUAUCGCUACAGUGGCAUUACAUUUUUCCUCUACGUUUUACGUAUUUUUAAGUUGGUUAAAUUAAGGUCUUUACAAAAGGGCCCCACUUGAAAGUCCACCUCCACGAUGCGGUUUGUUGUGAUUUUACCUCUCUAACUCUCACACCAUUAACCAACUGGAACAGCGGUACUCUUAACUUGUCCAUCCCCAUAGCAAAGCCCACCCAACAACAUGCAGAUGCUAUGGUUACCUGCACUUUAAUCUCGGCUGGAGGUUCACAGCUUUAUCGUACUUGUCAGUCGACCAGACCCGACACCAUUGUCUCCUGAUACCUCCAAACUAGGCCCACCUGUCUCUGGAAACUACAGAAUUUCUGAAACUACUAUGCUUGGUAAGUUGACAUCACAAAUCUACUUUAAAAUCCAAACCUGUAAAGGUGACUAACCUGAGGAUGUUACAUACCUACAGCGGUGGUGUACUUAGUGUCUCUGCUGCUGCUGUGUGAACAUCUGGCACUGGGUCAGGCUUGUAUUGCAGACGGGCAAACACUCAUCUGCCAGAAGAUACCGACAGUUUUCAGCCCCGGGUACUCGUCCCUGCUGGUGCUGAUCCCAGACCUGCUCUGGCUCAACUCCACCAUGCUCCACAGUAAGAACCUGGAGAACAUCACCCGGCUCACCGUCAAGGGCCACAUGACGGAGAUGGUGCCAGGGGCCCUGGCCUCCUUCCAGAGCCUCCGGACCCUCAUCCUGGACGGGAACGCCCUCACCCAGAUAGACCCGGCCUGGCUCAGCCCCGACACCUCCGCUGCUCUCAAGGUCCUCAGCCUGUCGGGGAACCACAUCGAGGUCCUGAGCGGGUCCACGCUGGGCGGGCUGUCUGGCCUCACCAGGCUCAACCUGUCCAGAAACCGGAUCCGAGAGGUGGAUCCGGCCAGCUUCCGCCCGCAGACCCGCCUGGUGUCUCUGGAUCUGUCCAGGAACCGUCUGACCCGGGUGUCGCCCCAGGUGCUGGGCUCGGUCGGCACCGCCGUGUGGAGGCUGGCGGGGAACCCCUGGGACUGCUCCUGCGGGGCUGCGGACUCUGUGGACCUCAUCAGAGGUGUGUCGCGCUUCAGGUCAUGUGAUGCUCGGCAUGCGUGUUAUUGGUCACGAAAUCAACAGAAAACACGACGGUCCAAAUGAGGCCUGCGUCUCCAGGUCAGACACUCUGCCCAGGAGGAGUUCAGAGCCCUGCUCUAGAACAUCUAGUCGUAGUCUAGUCUCAUCUAGUCGUAGUCUAGUCUCAUCUAAUCAUAG